GGGUCACUGCUGACAGCACUGCCGAGCAAUCUGCCACACUGCUGCCUGCCCUCAGGCUUCCAUCCCAGCCCUCACAGGUGUCUCCCAGGUUUCCAUCCCUCGUGCCUCAGACUCCAGUUGGGAGGUCUGUGGACCAGGGGGGUUUUUUGCCAGAUGUCUCCACAUGUGGGCAGCAGAGCACUUACCCAGCAGGCAUCUCAGAGACCCAGGCAAGGAUCUUGAAGAGCCAAACGACUCGUACAAGACCAGCAAGCCUUUGGCCACAUUACUGAACUUGCCUGUUGUUUGCAUAAUGGUUAGAUGAGCACCCAAAUUUAGUCAGUCUAAUCACAAUGUUUUUAAAAAUCGCAGUGUUGUUCUUUCUCAGGAGUAGGUUUGUUAUUGAUUGGUUGAUGCAGCAGUACUACAGGUCUCCCUUGCUCUGACAAAGAGCUAGCAAAUAGCAGACUUGAGUGACAAGAGUCUUCACCCGAGUGAAAGCAAAGUGCAAAUGAUCUCUCUAAAUCCAUACUAUUUGGCAGGAAUUUCUUCAGAACCCCUAAAGUUGUACAGCAUGAGGAGAGAACUUUCUCUGACCUUUUUAUAUUCCUGCUGCUGAAGAUGAAUGUGAAAAAUAGGGGCUAUCCAAUUUGUUGCUCAGUAAGUGCAGUGUGGGUUAUAUUAUCAUAGUUUUAUUCAGGGUUAAAAGUGGUUGGAAAUAAAAGAAGCGAGCCAAAAUAUGGGACAGUUCAACAGGAACUGAAAGGCAUCAUUGUGUAGUUUACAUCUGUCCAGUCAUGAUGGUCUAUCUUAGAUACUGCAGAUAUAUUAGAGGUAAAAGGCUGUAACUAAUUUUAUGUUUUAAAUUACAAUUCUUGGAAUUGCUCUGGUCAUGCUACAAAACGAAGGCUGAUUUGUUUGUUUUUCAGAUCAGCUAAACUGUUAAUGAGUGCUGACAGCAGUGAAGAAGAUAUAGAUGACAUUAUUGAUGAAAUCUGUAAUGACAGCAGCUUUACCAAAACACCUUUGAAGUUGAAGUCUACCUCUACAAGUCUCACACCUGAAAGAAAGAGUGCUGUUGCACAGGCUCAUAGGAAAAGAUGCUGUCCAGUGUACCUGGGUGGAAGCUCUUCACCAUAUGGGAUAGGAACAAAUAUUUCAAAAAGAACAUGUGAUGAACUACGUUGUACUGCUUGCGACUUCCGUGUGUCACUUUUCAAUGACUACAUCUGGGAUCAGUCCUGUGAUUAUCUUUUUUUCAGGAAUAACAUGCCUGAGCUCAGUAAACUAAGAGCGAAGAUGAUAAAGAAGAAAGGAGCACGAGCAUAUGCUUGUCAGUGCAGCUGGCGAUCCAUUGAUGAAUUAACUGACCUCCAAGCAGACCAGCAGCUUCGAACCUGCAGAGGACGUACACAGUGCUCCAGUGCUCUAGAGUUUGUGUUCCAGUGCCACGUGCAGCCUUGUUAGUAGGUUCAGAGGUGAGUGGGCAUUGGAGAGGUACCACUUAGUGUAAUGGUACAGACAUAUUUAGGGUCAUGUAUUGUUUUCAGUGCAACUGGUGUUUCAGACUGAAGUUUCAACUGCUAGAGCCUAAAACAGCAGCUUUGGGAGACAGAGGGACCCAGAGACCAGUUGAUUAAUGCUCAAGCAGCUACUGGAAGAGGUCUGCUUGCCUUUCUGUCAUUUAUGAAGAGGUAACCCCUGUGUGGACUGUAAGCAGUAAGUGUUCCUGGGUUUUCUUCAGGGGGAGCUGAGCGAUUUCCAUUCCUAGAAAACAUCAGUCCUAACAGUAAGGGAAGAAUCCAGCAGUAGUGUGUAAUUUAUUAACAGGAUCUAGUGAAGAAGAAACCAACUUUCAUUCUUCUUGAAGAAGAAGAAUGCAUUUCAGAAAGUGUUGAGUUGCCUUGGCUUGCCUGUUGCAAGGCCAUUUGAAAUUGAUGACCAAGUAUCACCACAAGGUGCUCUUUUGGCCUGGAUUUGCACUGGAACUUGUGCCACAAUGUAGGCAAGUUGGGCUUGCAACUUGUGAGCAGGAAACGGGGAAAAUCCUAAUGCCCAUCUCAGUUCAUGAGACAAAGUCUUACAUGACUCGGAAAAGGAACGUGUAUCCUGUACCCUGUUUUAAACAACAGAAAUAGUCACCCUCUCUGAACAGUUUUGUACUACCAACUGCGUGGAGUAAAUCAUGCAGAAACAAAAGUUCAAGACAUCAGUUCUAGUGAUUUUUAUGACAACAAGAUGGCCUGCAGCACUUGGAAAGUGGAGGCCAGGAAGGAAGUGAGACACAAGGACUGAGUGUAGGAGAAAUAAAGGGAUUAACACCAGUAUCUACUGACAGCAUUAGUCAGCAUUUCUCCUAAAUCACCUCAUCCCUCAGUCUUCUGUUAGCAUGGAGAGUUGUAGAAAGAGCUCUCUUUCUGGGUAGAGAUUGAUGUCAGUCAGUUGUGUUGUUAAUGCCAUUAAGACCAUGCUCCAAGCACUGAAAAUGUUAGAAGAUAAUCUUUAUUGGUAAAUGUAUGUGGAAACAUGAGCAUUCCCCUGAAACCAUCGUGUUUAUUCAAGUGUAGUUACUUGUUUCUGGCCUUGGUCAGAAUGGUGGGCUAUGUCAGCUCUUUGUCCAAGGGAAGUUUUAAACAGGUGCAGAAAUAGUGCUUAUUGUAUUGGUUUUCAUUACAGAAUUUAGCAGAUUUCUAGAUCUGAGAACAGUUACUAUGACAUUAAAUAUAAUCAAUUUGCUGGAAAAAGGAGUAGUAUUAAGUGUUCCCUUUCUUUGCUUUCUUCAGUUACAUGUUACAAACCACUCCAAAGUCCUCAAAUGAAAAGAAUAUAAAGAAAGGUAAAAUUAGAGCUUGAAUGUUCAUUUGAUGAAGGUAUUGUAAUAUUGCACAAGGUUUGCAAGAUGUAUCGCUUUGGGUCUGGGCUACUUCCGUGUCAGUUAUCUGAGAUAGCAGGGAUUAUGUAAAGAAUUUUGUUGAAGAAUGCCAUUCAGCUGUUUUCAAACAGAAGUACUGGAGAAGUUUUGCUAAGUAUAAAUGUGACCAUUGUUUUCCUCCAGAUUUUGCUUUAGAAGUAAUAAUACCAUUUCUGUUUGUGAAAUGGGCAAGGUGAAAACUUGAGACUUUCAUUUUGCUUAGGUGAUAUGCUUGGAAAUUUUCUAGGCUGCGGUAUUAGUCUGCAGCAGAUCAAAAGCAAUGAAGAAUGACAAAAUGAGAAUCCACGCAAAA